GCGGGCUGUGCGGGGGUCUCAUCCGCGCCCAGCCUCCGCCCUCCUCCUCUCCCCUCUUCCUCCUCCUCUCGCUCCCCUGCCCUCUCUCGCUGCCCGGGGUUUGCGCAGCCCACUGCCAUGUCCGACGUGUACCUUCGCAGAAGAGCGGCGAUGGAACGCCUGGUCUCCAGCGACACCUAUCCUGUGCUGGCGCGCAGUAGCGCCUGCCGUAGCCUCUUCGGGCCUGUGGACCACGAAGAGCUGGGCCGUGAGCUGCGGAUGCGCCUGGCUGAGCUGAGCGCCGAGGACCAGAACCGCUGGGACUUCAACUUCCAGCAGGACGUGCCUCUGCGUGGCCCUGGGCGUCUGCAGUGGAUGGAGGUGGAUAGCGAGUCGGUGCCCGCUUUCUACCGCGAGACGGUGCAGGUGGGGCGCUGUCGCCUGCUGUUGGCGCCCCGGCCUCCCCCGGUGGCCGUGGCUGUCAUCCCGCCUCCUGAGCCGCCGGUUGGCGAGGCCCUCGACGGCCUGGAGGAGGCGCCUGAGCAGCCGCCCAGCGCCCCGGCCCCGGUGGUGGCGCCCACCCCACCCCCAGUCCAGGCCGCGGCCGCGGCUGAGGAACCGGCUUCGGAACCGGCUCCAGAACCGAACCCGAACCCGGACGCUGCGCCCCAGGACGGCGCAGAGCAAGGCGCGAAUCCCGCGCCGCGAGGCCAAGAGCAGAACGCUGAGCAGCCACUCUCGGGGAUUCCGGGACGUCCCGCAGCUGCCGCCGCCGCCGCCGCGGCCGGCGCCACCAACGCGACCAUCAAGAAGCUGUCGGGGCCUCUCAUCUCCGAACCUAAGAGCCCAAGAGAGGACUUGCCGGGAAGCUGGGCAGCAGACGAUGGAAGAGCUCUGGGCCUCGCGGCUGUGGGACCGUUCUGAUGUAGCAGCAACCGGCGAUGGCCGCGAAACGCAGCCUUCCGUCUUGUGUUCAAAAAAAAAAAAAAAAAAUCUGAAAACUGUGCAAUGUAAUAAUAAUAACGCUCUAUAUUGAAAUGUAUCAUGUGCACGGAUACACUGCUCCCGAGGUGUAAAGCUUUAAGAGCCACUUAUUUGAAAUGCUUAAAUUCUGUUGGACCUCAGUGCAAGGGAAAAAAAAAGAUAGGGGCAAAAACAAAAAAGAAGAAAAGGAGAAAAAGAGGGAAAUUCCCCCCCCCCCGUAUAUCUGCACAAAAAGCUUUAAAAGUUAUGCUAACUUAUAUCUUCUACUUAUAUCCAUGCGUGGAUGUCUCUGCCACGCAGCUGCUGGGUUGUUGGUUAUACCAGAGGUGCUACAAGUUCCCACCACAGUCACCCACAGUAUAAAUUGACUUCUGUAGUAACACUCUAGCGGAAGAGUCCCUGCCGCACCAACUGUGGCACAUAUAUAUUCACUUAGCUUGCAUGCCCACAUGCUAUUGGUAUCGUAAACUUGGAGAGACCCUGAGCCAUCUGUACCGCUGCCUGGCUCCUCGUGUGCGGGGUUCUAAUAAAGAGGGCCCAAAAAAAAAA